AUGCAGCCAGGGGCCACAACGUGCACAGAGGACCGCAUCCUGCACGCCCUGGAGCGCUGCUUGCACGGACUCAGCUUCAACCGCCGCCGCUCCACCUCCUGGUCAGCCGGGCUGUGUCUGAACUGCUGGAGCCUGCAGGAGCUGGUCAGCAGGGACCCAGGUCACUUCCUCAUCCUCCUGGAGCAGAUACUGCAGAAAACACGAGAGGUCCAGAAGGAGGGCACCUAUGACCUCCUCACCCCCCUGGCCCUGCUCUUCUACUCCACUGUCCUCUGCACACCACACUUCCCGCCAGACUCGGAUCUCCUUCUGAAAGCAGCCAGAACCUACCACCAGUUCCUGACCUGGCCCGUCCCUUACAGCAGCAUCAGCCAGGAGCUGCUCACCUUCAUCGAUGCUGAGCUCAAGGCCCCAGGAAUCUCCUACCAGCGACUGGUGAGGGCUGAGCAGGGCCUGCCCAUUCGGAAUCACCGCAGCUCCACUGUCACCGUACUGCUGCUGAACCCGGUGGAGGUGCAGGCAGAGUUCCUCGCCGUGGCCAACAAGCUGAGCACGCCCGGGCACUCACCGCAUAGCGCCUACAUCACCCUGCUCCUGCAUGCCUUCCAGGCCACCUUUGGGGCCCACUGUGACCUCCCAGGUCUGCACAGUAGGCUGCAGUCCAAGACCCUGGCAGAGCUCGAGGAUAUCUUCACGGAGACUGCAGAGGCACAGGAGCUGGCAUCUGGCAUCGGGGAUGCGGCCGAGGCCCGGAGGUGGCUCAGGGCCAAGCUGAAGGCCGUGGGAGAGAAAGCUGGCUUCCCUGAUGUCUUAGAUACUGCCAAGCCCUGCAAGCUGCGCACCAUUCCCAUCCCUGUGGCCAGGUGCUACACCUACAGCUGGAACCAGGACAGCUUUGAUGUCCUGCAGGAGAUCCUGCUCAAGGAACAGGAGCUGCUGCAGCCGGGGCUCCUGGGGGACGACUACGACGAUGAGGAGGAGGAAGAGGAGGAGGAGGGGGAGGAAGAGGACUUGGAAACGGACGCGCAGUGUGCCAAGAGGGACUCACUGCUUUCCACCAGCUCCGAGGCCUCCCGGGACUCCGCCCUGUCCCUCGCCUCGUCCCAGGCCUCCGGGUCCACCCUCUCCCGCCAGCUGCUGACCUCCUUCGUCUCGGGGCUCUCGGACGGCGUGGACAGCGGCUACGUGGAGGACAGCGAGGAGAGCUCCCCCGAGUGGCCCAGGAGGCCCGGCAGCCAGGAGCGCCGGGGCCACCGCAGGCCCGGGCAGAAGUUUAACAGGAUCUAUAAACUCUUCAAGAGCACCAGCCAGCUGGUGCUGCGGAGGGACUCUCGGGGCCUGGAGGGCAGCUCGGACACUGCGCCGCCCCUGCGGCGGGCCGGGAGCCUCUGCAGCCCCCUGGGCAGCCCGGCGCUGCCCCCAGCCCGGGCCCAGCGCUCCCGCUCCCUGCCCCAGCCCAAGCUCAGCACCCAGCUGCCCAGCUGGCUCCUGGCCCCCGCCUCCCGCCACCAGCGCCGCCGCCCCUUCCUGAGUGGGGACGAAGACCCCAAGGCCUCCACACUCCGCGUUGUGGUCUUCGGCUCCGAUCGCAUUUCAGGGAAGGUAGCUCGGGCGUACAGCAACCUGCGGCAGCUGGAGAGCAAUCGCCCGCUCCUCUCUCGGUUCUUCAAGCUACAGUUCUUCUAUGUGCCCGUGAAGCGGAGCCAGGGCACCAGCUCCAGCACCCCAGCCACUCUGAGCCAGACACCCCUACUGCCCCCAGACUCCCCGAGGCACCCCAGCCCUGCAGAGCUGGGCCCGGCCCAGUGGGAGGAGAGCACCAAUGAUAUCUCCCACUACCUCGGCAUGCUCGACCCCUGGUAUGAACGCAACGUGCUGGGCCUCAUGCACCUGCCCCCUGAAGUCCUGUGCCAGCAGUCCCUGAAGGUGGACUCCCGACCCCUGGAGGGCUCCCCCAGCCAGCUGCCCAUCCUGGCUGACAUGCUGCUCUACUAUUGCCGCUUCGCCGCAAGGCCGGUGCUGCUGCAGGUGUAUCAGACAGAGCUGACCUUCAUCACCGGGGAGAAGACAUCGGAGAUCUUCAUUCAUUCCCUGGAGCUGGGUCACUCUGCUGCCACACGAGCCAUCAAGGCUUCAGGUCCCGGCAGCAAGAGGCUGGGCAUUGAUGGGGACCGGGAGGCCGUCCCGCUAACACUACAGAUUAUUUACAGCAAGGGGGCCAUCAGUGGGCGAAGUCGCUGGAGCAACAUGGAGAAGGUCUGCACCUCCAUCAACCUCAACAAGGCCUGCCGGAAGCAGGAGGAGCUAGACUCCGGCAUAGAGGCCCUGACUCUAAACCUGACGGAAGUGGUGAAGAGGCAAAACCCCAAAUCCAAGAAAGGCUUUAACCAGAUCAGCACCUCGCAGAUCAAAGUGGACAAGGUACAGAUUAUCGGCUCCAGAAGCUGCCCCUUUGCAGUGUGUCUGGACCAAGAUGAGAGGAAGAUCCUACAGAGUGUGGUCAGGUGUGAGGUCUCACCUUGCUACAAGCCAGAGAAGAGCAACCUCUGCCCCCAACCCCAGAGGUCACCCCACCCACUGGCCCAGGCCCCACCGGACCUCUGCUCCCUCCUCUGCCUGCCCAUCAUGACUUUCAGCGGAGCUCUGCCCUAGCGAGGCCCUGCACCAGCAAGGACAGAAAACCAUGAAGCAGCCUGUCCUGAGCCUCUCCCGCAGUCCGCUGUGAGGGCCUGGCUCUUUGUGGAGAACCACACGGCCCUGUGCUGGAUCAGACUCCUGCUGUGGGCCCUGCACUGGGCAGGGGGCAGGAGGCAGGGCAUCGGUGGUUUCUGGCGCCUUGGGGCUCUGUUUGGGACAAAAACAAGCUUUAGGGAGUGAGGGGCCUGGCCAUACAGCCCCUCAGAUUCCUCAAGGUAGAAAGGAGAGCCGAUCUCUGAAGGCCCCGGCCACUGACAUGGUCAAGAAUCCUUUCUAGAAGAAAGACUGGAGGCUCUGGUGCUCUGGGGUGUGGUUUAGGGCUCCUCCCAGCCUGCAGCCAGGCCCACUCCUUCCUUUGCCAAAGGCUUAGGGGAGCCCUUUGUGUCUGGAGUUCAGGGGACGCAGACGAUUGUAUCCCGCACAGAGCCCCUUCUUCCUCCCCUUCUCCUGCUUUGUCCUGUUCCAAAGGUUCUGGGCCUGUAGGAGCCCAUGAAACCC